UUAAAAUGUCAUUACCCAAAUUAGAAAGUCACACGCGCCCGGCGGCUCCGGAGAGAAAAAGAGAGGGAGGAGCUCCUGCCUCCUACCCAUGGCAAAUCGGUUAUAGUUUAGUACAUCCAAAAACCCAAAACCCUUAAAUUUCUAAUAUCCCAUUGAUUCAAUUUUUUUUUCGAUGUCCGGAGAAUUUUGAACUUUGAAGAGAAACAUAGAGCCUCUGAAAAUCCUGUUAACCUUUUUUUUUUUUUUUUUUUUCCUUUUUCUUUUUAAUGCAAACAUCAUUUCGUUUUCUCUCUCGCUUUCACCAUUCCCACUUCCACAAGCACACUUCCUCCGUUUCUUCUUCCAUUUUAUGGAACAAGGACUUGAUCUUUUCAUUAAUCCAAUACAAUUCCAACAAUGAAAAUCCCAACAAUAACUCUGGUUUAGACCCCAAUUUUGCCAAACAAGUUUUGGGCUUUGGUUCCGUUACUCAGUCUCGUGGUUCUUUCACUUCUGAUAGGUUAUUAUUGGGUUUGGUUUCGUUGGAUAAUCGGAAUUAUCAUAACUACUCAACUCGUCGUAGUUUUUUCAGGAGGGCUAAACAAGUAAAGAAGAUCGAAAUCAAUGAUCAGCAUAGUCAAAGAGCUGUCACAACUGCAUUAUGGUGCAACUUCCUUGUUUUCUCUCUCAAGUUUGGGGUCUGGUUAGCAAGCUCUAGCCAUGUGAUGUUGGCUGAGGUUGUGCAUUCAGUUGCAGAUUUUGCAAACCAGGCUCUCCUUGCAUAUGGUUUGAGUAGCUCAAGGCGUGCACCAGAUGCUAUUCAUCCCUAUGGCUAUUCGAAGGAAAGGUUUGUUUGGUCCUUGAUAUCUGCUGUUGGUAUUUUCUGUCUUGGUUCUGGAGCUACAAUUGUUCAUGGAGUUCAGAACUUGUGGACUUCACAUCCCCCUGCAAACAUCCAAUAUGCAGCUCUAGUGAUUGGUGGUUCAUUUAUCAUCGAAGGUGCUUCUCUUGUUGUUGCCAUACAAGCUGUGAGGAAAGGUGCAGCCGCAGAGGGAAUGAAAGUGAGGGAUUAUGUUUGGCGUGGUCAUGAUCCCACAUCUGUUGCAGUCAUGACGGAGGAUGGCGCUGCAGUAACUGGACUUGCUAUUGCUGCUGUUUCAUUGGUUGCAGUAAAUACCACAGGGAAUGCAAUUUAUGAUCCUAUAGGUUCAAUUAUUGUUGGCAACCUGCUUGGGAUGGUGGCUAUAUUUCUGAUCCAGAGGAAUCGACAUGCUCUGAUUGGUAGAGCAAUGGAUGACCAUGAUAUGGAGAAGGUUCUUCAUUUUCUGAAAAAUGACCCGGUUGUAGAUUCUUUAUAUGAUUGCAAAAGUGAGGUGAUUGGACCUGGAUUCUUUAGAUUUAAAGCAGAAAUAGACUUUAAUGGAGUGGUGGUGGUGCAAAAUUAUCUAAAUAGGACUGGACGUGUGGAGUGGGCCAGACAGUUUCGUGAAGCGGCAAAGGAGAAGGAUGAUACUGCAUUGCUCAAGAUCAUGUCAAACUAUGGCGAAGAAGUAGUUACUGCAUUAGGAAGUGAAGUUGAUAGGCUUGAAAAGGAGAUCCAGGAGCUUGUUCCUGGUAUUCGGCAUGUCGAUAUAGAAGCUCACAAUCCAACAGGGCCAACCCCAUGAUUAUAAUGCUCAUACAUCACUAUAUUCUUGACUUUCCAUACUACACCGCAUGGAUGAAUAUCAUUCAUGGAACAAGAUACGGAUGAUAAUUGGCAUUCCGCAUUUUUGCGCCAAGUGAUUCCAAUUCUGUUAAGAUACGGAUAGCUUCCAUGGGAUUAGUAUAUUAUAAGAAUUUGAGUGCUUGAGCAAAUUUAUUGGAAGUAUCUAGACAAAGUUGAGCUUCCUUUGGUUUUUUUCAUUAAAUGAAUUAUUUUGUUAGAAAAGUUGCAUGUAUUGAAUACAACUAUAAUCGUGGGAAUGAUAUACUAGUCAAUCUGGUUGAAUUUAGAUAUCAUUUUCAUUCAAUGAAAGCUGUUUUAGCUUUAGUCCAUGUUAUGGAUCAAUGAUCAACUAUUGCACGCUUUGGAUUGUUGGAAUUCUGUUGGAGACGGGGCUGCUAAUAUUAUUUUAAAUGGUCAACUUGGUCUUGAUUACGGAUUGAUUUAUGAAAUAUUGUUAUCAUUUUAUUCAUCAA